AUGGAGACCGUAGAGCUGCCCCAUAUGGAGCAGCAUCCUCUCCAUCUCUGCCUCUUUCGGGACCUCCACAACGCGCCGUUCCUGCGUCAGCAGCUCUUGCAAGGCAAUACCGAUUUCCAGUACGCUUUUCUGGAUGCCUCAGUGCUGCUGUCGCGGAACCACGUCUUCUCCGCCUGCUUCCGUGCCAUCAACGACAUGAUCAACCAUCGCAUGAAGAGCCGAAACGUUCAUUCGGAGAUUGUGUUCGCCAUGUCACCCAAUAACAACGUGAGUGACUCGGAAAGGUAAGCUCAAGAUGUCUUUUGCUGAUGUUUCCCCUGCAGAUCGCGGAAUCUUUCCGACGCUUUGGGAUCCAAGAUGACAGCAAGAACAUCGUUGCAGUCAAGGUCGGGUCAGAUCGCGAGACUGUCGAGAAGCAUCUCUUCGCAAACGUCCAGGGCAAUGCAUCUCAGCUGGACGAUGAGACCCUCGCGUCUCUGCACGAUGCCGGGAGAUUGAGAAAGAUCUACCGACUGGAUGCCCCGAAGAAAGGCGAGGCCUUGGUACUUGGCAACGAGGCGGAGGCAUUUACUAUCGGCACCAUGUCAUUGAAAGGAUCAUAA